AUAGGACAGUAAAAAUGUAAGUAAAAACGAUAUAUAUAAAGGCAGAGUUUUGAAUGAAAGGAAUAGGAUUGGGGGAGUAGGAGAAUUUUGCUCCUUUCCUUCAAACGGUGAUUCAUGCGGGACUUGUCCGUUGAAAGACCCUAAACCCAUAUCACCAUUCCGGAAAGUAGUGGAGCAAUGGAAGGCGAAGGAUUUGUUGCCGCAAGCAAAGUGAACAUCUAUGAAGGCCGUGUCACCGCCUUCGUCAUCUGCACUUGCCUCAUUGCUGCCAGUGGUGGUCUGCUCUUCGGCUAUGACCUGGGUAUCUCAGGUGGGGUCACAUCAAUGGAGCCUUUUCUGAACAAGUUCUUCCCUAGUGUUUUGGAACAACAGAGUAAGGCAUCCCAAACCGAGAACCAGUACUGCAAAUUCGAUAGCCAACUACUCACUCUUUUCACUUCUUCCCUUUACCUUGCUGCUUUGGUCGCCUCCUUCUUUGCCUCCAUUGUUACCAGGAUCUUUGGCCGCAAAAUUUCCAUGUUAGCUGGAGGUGUUGCAUUUCUCAUCGGUUCCAUCUUGAAUGGUGUUGCCAUGAACAUUGGUGUCCUAAUCUUUGGCCGUUUGUUGCUUGGUGUUGGCGUUGGAUUUGCUAAUCAGUCUGUUCCUGUAUACUUAUCCGAAAUGGCACCUGCAAGCAUUAGAGGAGCUUUGAACAUUGGUUUCCAAAUGGCCAUUACCAUCGGUAUUCUAGCUGCGGGCCUUAUUAACUAUGGCACAGCAAAGAUCGAAGGUGGAUGGGGAUGGCGGCUUUCUCUAGUUCUGGCAGUUUUUCCUGCUGUAGUGAUGACCGCCGGAUCAUACCUGCUACCAGACACUCCCAAUUCCAUCCUCGAGAGAGGCCAACCCGAGAAGGCGAGGCAGAUGUUGCAGAAAGUCCGGGGCACGCAACAUGUGGAUGCCGAGUUUCAGGACUUGCUCGACGCCACCGAAGCUGCCAAGAAGGUGGAUCACCCAUGGACGAACAUCCUCCAACCAAGAUACAGGCCUCAACUUGUCCUCUGCAUCGUCAUCCCAUUCUUCCAACAGCUCACCGGAAUCAACGUUGUUAUGUUCUACGCACCUGUUCUCUUCAAGACCUUGGGUUUCGGUGAUGAUGCCUCGCUCAUGUCCGCAGUCAUAUCUGGCAUCGUCAAUGUCCUUGCCACCAUGGUUUCCAUCUAUUCAGUCGAUAAGUUCGGACGAAGGGUGUUGUUCCUCGAAGGUGGCGCACAAAUGUUCCUUUUCCAGAUUGCGAUAGGAACGAUGAUUGCGGUGAGGUUUGGGGUGAAUGGAGAUGGAGAGUUAUCAAGGUGGGAUGCCAACAUACUGUUGCUGUUCAUCUGUGCAUACGUGGCAGCAUUUGCAUGGUCAUGGGGACCAUUGGGAUGGCUGGUUCCAAGUGAGAUCUGUCCCUUGGAAAUCCGAUCAGCAGGACAAGGCAUUAACGUGGCUAUAAACAUGAUCUUCACCUUCAUCAUUGGUCAAGUAUUCCUGAGCAUGCUUUGCCACAUGAAGUUUGGGCUCUUCUUUUUCUUUGCCGGGUUCGUGGUAAUAAUGACGGUCUUCGUCUACUACUUCUUGCCGGAGACAAAGAACGUGCCAAUAGAAGAGAUAAACCAAGUGUGGAAGCAACACUGGUUUUGGGGAAAGUAUAUCCUAGACGAGGCCCUCAUUGGACUGAGCCGCAACGAUGAAGGAAGAGAUACUUGAAUUCAAUACGCAGCAUCCAACCUCAACACCCCAAAAAAAAAAACCCUGGCUUUAACAAAUUAUGUAUGUGAGCUGGGGGAAAUCUUUUUUAUUUUAUUUUUCUUUUAAAAGAAGUGAUGAGAUUAAAGAGUGACAGAAAGUUGAAGUUUUGUGCCCAUUCAUUCUUUAACACUAUUUACCUGAACUUUUUCAUACUUCCCCUCUCUAAUUAUGACCAGUUUUUUGAAAGUUUGCAAUAAGAA